AUGCAACUGCCUCCUGAGAUGGCACAAGAACCAGUUUACGUGAAUGCUAAACAGUACCAGGCCAUUAUGAGGCGAAAUCAGGCACGCGCCAAGGCAGAGCUAAGAAGCUUAUCAAAUCCAGAAAGUCCCCUACGUCAUCUAAUUCUGAUCAACCUGAAGCUUGGAAUGAUGAGUAUAAUACACAUCAGUCCGGAGAGAUGCAGAGCUCAGCUUAUAAGAGAAGGGAAGAAGCAGACUGUUCCUUCUCAAGCUCAUUUAGCUAUCAAGUGA